CGUACAGUAUGCUCGAUAACUGCAAGCCACAAUGCUUAAACCGGCGCCGAUAACUAAACCUCUCUACGGUUAAGCCCCUGGCCGGCGCCUGGCGACUGCGGACACUUGUUCCGGGCCAGAAUCCGAGCUGGAAUCCGUAUCACAAGCAAUCUCUCCCGAUGCAUUUACCGAGUCAGGCCGUAUCUUGACUUUCUUUCUGAAGCAAUCACUUCACUUCGACCCUGUCCAAGCUGAAUUCAGUCCGCACAUCCGUCUAUCUAGGUUUGCGGCGCCGAGUCGACAGGUGCAGGGACUAUGAUCAAGCAGACGGAUUACGAAGGGGGAUCGUCCAUGUCCACGAUCACUGCUCGCCUGUUUGAAACCCUGCACGGUACCUGGGUUCUUCAUCGUAGCUUACAGAGUGCGAAUGCAGCAGAACCAUCAGGUCGCUGCACAGGCAAGGCCACUUUUACAAGAAGACAACCUAGCCCCGUCAUUGAUGACAGUGGAAAGCUUCAGCUCGCCGAUGACGAGCUCCUCUACCACGAACAAGGCGAGUUCGAGCUGACUCCUUCCAUCUCAAACCAGGACGCCAAUUUUCCCAAAUUUCCCUUCUCGCGCAAGUACAUAUGGCGGCUGCAAAGGACGGAGGGUGUCCAUAAGAUCAGUGUCUGGUUCACCAAGCCCGGCACCAACGAGAUCGACUAUCUGUUUCACAACGUUGACAUUGCCCCGUUCGGUGAAGAUGUCUCUACUCAAAGCCACGACAUCGCUCUCCAUGGAUCAGGGGGUCACGUAUGUGUCCAUGACUUUUACAGCAGCCUAUACACUUUCAAUGUAACGCCAAAGUCCCCUGAGUCGAUCACCUUGACCUCCUGGAGCAUGACACAUGAAGUCCGUGGUCCGAAGAAAGACCAAACUAUCGAAACAACAUUCACCAGGACCUGAGAUAAUCACGUUCAAUCGCUUCGGCGGUGUAGAUCUUGCAUGAUAGGCAUCCCAGGCGCGCCGUCAAAGGACAGGUGCAUUGACGUUUCUCCGACAUUCUCAUUGUUCACAUCGUGUGCAGACAGCAUAUUUGCGGAUGUUGAUCGCCCGAUUCAAAGUUUCGCAAAAAGUUACUGCCUCUCACGUUCCGCUUCUCCGCA